UAAUAAAAGUAAGCAAUCGUUUACUUAAAAAAAAAUGUUUUUCGUAAAAUGUAUAGUUGUGGCUGUAGCACUUUGUAGUGUUUCAAUCAGUGCAAAAGAUUGGUGGGAAAAUGAAGUAUUUUAUCAAAUUUAUCCGAGAUCCUUUAUGGAUAGUGAUGGCGAUGGGGUUGGUGAUUUACAAGGUAUCAAGUCAAAAUUACAACAUUUAAAGGAUGCUGGAAUUAAUUCUACUUGGUUAUCACCAAUUUUUUCAUCACCUAUGGUUGAUUUUGGCUAUGACAUCUCAGAUUUUCGUAAUAUUCAUCAUGAAUUUGGUACACUUAAGGAUUUCGAAGAAUUAACAGCUGAAGCAAAACGCUUAGGUAUUAAAAUAAUUCUAGAUUUUGUACCAAAUCAUUCGAGUGAUAAACAUGAAUGGUUUCAAUUAUCUGCAAAUCGUACUAAAGGUUAUGAAGAUUACUAUGUUUGGGUUGAUGCUAAAGGUUUUGAUAAAGAUGGAAAACCUAUUCCUCCAAAUAACUGGGUUAGCAAUUUUGGCGGCUCACCAUGGGAAUGGCAUGAAGGUCGUAAACAAUUUUAUUUACAUGAAUUUGCAGUCCAACAACCAGAUUUAAAUUAUCGUAAUCCAAAGGUCGUUCAAGAAAUGAAAGAUAUUCUUGUUUACUGGUUGGACAAAGGUGUAUAUGGUUUUCGGGUGGAUGCAGUACCGUUUUUAUUUGAAGUAGAAGAUUUACGUGAUGAACCACGCUCGUAUGAUCCAAAAGCUGAACCCACAGAUUAUGGAUAUUUAGUACAUACAUAUACCAAUCAUUUACCUGAAACUUAUGAUAUGCUUUAUCAAUGGCGAGCUGUUUUAGAUAAUUACACUAAAUCCACUGAUAAUGUUACAAGAAUCAUGAUGACUGAAGCAAAUGGUGAAAUUAAACAACAAAUGUUGUAUUAUGGAAAUGGGACGGCAGAAGGUGCUCAUUUCACAUUUAAUUUCCUAUUAAUUAGUGAUUUAAAUGUCAAUUCUACCGCUCAUGAUUUUAUGUUCACCAUCAAUAAAUGGUUGUCAUAUUUACCACUAGAGUAUACAUCCAAUUGGGUUCUUGGAAAUCAUGACGUACAUCGUGUUGGAAGCCGAUAUGGAGCUGAACGUAUUGAUGGUUUAAAUAUGUUAGUAAUGCUCUUACCCGGUGUAGGUGUUUCAUACAAUGGUGACGAAAUUGGAAUGUUAGAUACCUUUAUCACUUGGGAACAAACUCACGAUCCAAUGGCUUUGAAUGCUGGUCCUGAUCGUUAUCAAUUAUUUACACGUGAUCCAGAACGAACUCCUUUCCAAUGGGACGAUACACUAAACGCAGGAUUUAGUACUUCAAAAAAUGGUACAUGGUUGCCAGUAAACGAAAGUUAUAAAACACUUAAUUUAAAGAAACAAAAAGCCGAUCCAGAAAGUCAUUAUAAAUUGUAUCAAAAAUUAUUGGAAUUACGUAAAGAGAAAACGAUACAAGAUGGAGAUUUAGUUGUAAAAGCUUUAAGCGAUCACGUAUUAACGAUGACUCGUUCGCUAAGUGGUCAUGAUACUUUUGUGUUUGUUUUUAAUUUGGGUGAAAAGAAUGCCACAAUUAAUCUAGAAUGUUACUCACAAUUACCUUUGAAGAGUAGACUUAAAGUAGAAUUAAAAAGUGUAUAUGCUACUUUACCAUUGGGCACAAUUCUACCCAUAUCUGAUUUUCCUAUAGGACCAUACGAAGCAUAUGUCUUAACAUCCGAUAUAAGUGAAUUGCGAUAUAGAAAUUAGAAAUUAAAUUAUAUUUUUA